GCCGCUCUGUUGCCUCUGGAUAUCACGUUACUCGUGAAAUCAUCUUUGGAGCUGCAUCGUGGAUCCACAUCUGCGGCUGUACGAGAUAUCCGGCGGAUUCUUGACGAACUUGAAUGCCCGGAAAAAGGAGAGAUUCAAGGUUUGGUGGAGAGCUUCAUUGAUGAGAAAUUUACCGAGGCGUAUAAUAAGAUGGACGAUGAUAAGAAACAGGAGCAAGAACAAGACAGUGAUGAUAGUAACGAGCAGGAUGAACAAAAUGAUGACAUAGAUAAAGGACAAGGAACAGAAAAAGAAAUAUUACUUGCAAAUGAGAGUUGA